AAGCGGGUGGAAAGAGGUGCUAAAAAGAGAGAGAAGCGUUUCUCUCUUUCCAAGAAUAAAAAACUCUCUUUUGGUUCAUUCCCGAUUCGCGCGAGUCAUUGAAAGCUAGAGAAUCUCAACGCUCGCUGUUGUCUUUGCUCGUCUUUGGAUCUUCCUGCGUGCUCGCUUCGCUGCUCUCUCAUUGUCCUUCUUCUUCUCCAAAUAUCUCCAUUGUCGAGUCUCUUGCUCUCGCUCUCCCUCUUCCUUUUUCUUAAUGGAAGCAGAUCUGAGCUGUUCUUGGGAUAGUGAUGAUGAGUAUGAGAAGUUCAUUCAACUAAUGAAUCCACCGAGGGUUGUGAUUGACAAUGAAACUAGCACCACUGCAACUAUUGUUAGGGUUGAUAGCGCAAACAAGUAUGGAAUCCUUUUGGAAGUAGUUCAGGUCCUCACGGACCUGAAUCUAAUCAUAAAGAAAGCAUAUAUAACCUCUGAUGGAGGGUGGUUCAUGGAUGUUUUCAAUGUUACCGAUCGAGAUGGGAAGAAGCUUAGUGAUGAAGCUACAACAAGUGGAAUUGUUGAUUAUAUCCGCAAGUCAUUGGAAUCAGAUUCCUGUUUCAUAUCUUCUCGGAGACGAUUGGUGGAUGUAGCACCUUCUGUGAACCAUACAUCCAUUGAGCUAUCUGGGACAGACAGACCAGGAUUGCUGUCUGAAGUGAGUGCUGUGCUCACUGAUUUAAAGUGCAAUGUGGUGAAUGCUGAAGUCUGGACUCACAAUGACAGGGCUGCUGCCGUAAUGCAUGUGACAGAUGAUGCAACUGGUUUAGCUAUUACAGAUCCAGAAAGGCUUUAUAAAAUCAAAGAGCUCCUCUGCAAUGUACUUAAGGGAAGCAAUAAGACUCGUGGAGCCAAGACAGCUGUGGCUAUGGGGGUCACACACACAGAUCGGAGGCUUCACCAGUUGAUGUUGGCCGAUCGAGAUUAUGAGAGGUCUGGUCAGGAUUCUCCAAGUGGUAAUGCAAGGCCUAAUGUGACUGUUGUCAAAUGGUAUGAUAAGGAUUACUCCUUGGUCACAAUUCGAUGUAAGGAUAGGCCAAAGCUUCUCUUUGACACGGUUUGCACAUUGACGGACAUGCAAUAUGUUGUUUUCCAUGGGAAUGUUGAUGCAGAGAAACCUGAAGCCUACCAGGAGUUUUAUAUUAAGCACAUAGAUGGAUCACCUGUCAACUCAGAAGCUGAGAGAAGGCGAGUAGCACAAUGCCUUGAAGCUGCUAUUGAGAGGAGAGUAUCUGAGGGUUUGAAGCUAGAGCUGUGCACAGGUGAUAAAAUUGGUUUAUUAUCUGAAGUCACUCGAAUCUUCCGUGAAAACAGCUUGACGGUCACUAGAGCAGAAAUCACAACUAGAGGAGGCAAAGCAGUUAAUACUUUCUAUGUUCGUGAUGCUGCAGGGUAUCCCGUUGAUUCAAAGAUCAUUAGUGCCAUAAGACAGGCAAUUGGCCAGACUAUACUCCAAGUCAAGGAUCACUACAAAUGCCCCAAAUCUCCUCCUCAGGAGUCCCCCCCACGUUUCCUCUUUGGUAGCCUUUUCAAAUCACGUCCUUUCUAUAAUUUCGGCUUUGGUUAGGUCUCUCUUUUAGAUUGGUAUAAUCCACUUGUGUACAUAGUCCUUCAUUGCUGCAAAUGUCAUCAUACAAACACACUGUUGUUGUGUCAAAUUUAGCGUAAAUGAAUGAGAGAAUAAACCAGGUGUAUACUUGCACAGUAUUUGUACACUGGCCUCUUCAGCAUUGUGUUGCAUUGUAGUCAAUUCCUUCAGAUUAGGAAUAGUAGUCUGAAGGAAAAGAUCAAACAUGUACAGAAACUUACAUUUUGUAAAUAUAUGAAUCAUGCAUCACUGUAAAUCCUAAUAUUUGGCAGAUUACUGUAACAUGUGAUGUUAUCUAUCUUUUCAUGGCA